AUCUGUGAGGUCUACUGGUGGGGUUUUAUACGCAAGAAAGGUUGUGGGGGAGUAGGAUAGGAUUGUAGGUUAAGAUAUGGUGUCUUUGAGAGAGCUGAGCCUCCGUAGGAUCUAGUUUUGAUUCACAGUCGGCGUUUCGUAAACGCCGCCAUCGCGAGGCUGUGUUUCUUUGUAAUUGCCGGUUUCUGGCACAUGACAGCGAAGGGCGUAUAACAAGGCAGGCGCAGUGAAGCAAACAGAGAACCCCGCAAUCGACGUCAUUGGCAAAUAAAUGAUAUUCCCAUGGUAUAAGCUUUCUGAACCUUCUUGCUGCCGCCCGGGGCGGCCUACGAUACGAACAAUGAGGGGUUUAUGUUUCAAGUUCUGACAGUCGCUAGUUACCUAGAUAUGCGCGUCAGACUUACCCCAGUAUCCGCAGCUUUGAUCUUCGGGAUAUAUCGGUGGGAUCCACGUUCUUAUACUGGAGGGAUGUUGUCAGACAUAUAAAUGGACCUGAAUGGACCCUGUGGGCUGGUGAUGACGCUUCGCCGAAGCGGGUCUUGCGGCAUGAAUACGCCCCGCCGGGCCGUGACGUGCCUGUUAAUCCUUCACCGAGUUACGUCAUAAGAGGGGUCCUUAUAACUAAGACUCGGCCUGAUGGAUCGGGUUUCAUGUCGGCUGUUGGGUGCGGUGGCAACGGUACUGUGCGAAAUUCGGAGUAUGCCUGUCUCGUCGUCAUACUGCCGAUAUCCCAAUUGAAUUUAUAUCGCCACGCAGCGGCUGAACUGCGACGGACAUGCAUACAGUCUGGAGUCGCUAUCUCCAUGACAUGGCAUCCCCUUGAGAUAGAUGACCAGUAUAAGUGCAAAUUAUUUCGCAUUAAAACACUCCGUACUAGCAUCACGCCCAGUUUAAUCUAUCACUUUAAUCUAUUGUAGAAGCCUUUUGUGGCUUACUCCUGCGAAGCUUGAAAUCGUAGUGAUGGGAAAUGGAAAUGAUGGACAAUCUUGAAACCGGGAAAAAGGCGACUGGGGCAAUAUCACAUCCGCAUAACUGCCGAUCCCUCCCGUACGCCGGCAAUUAAUCCCUAGCUUUCCCCGGAUCGUGGCGUUUAAAGUGAAGACAACGAGUAAACAUUGGAUUCAUGUUUCUAUUUCUCCUGGAAGAUUCGUGGAGAUGAUAGUUCUUGGUGGACUUCAUUCUUGAGAGGGUCUGACUAUUAUGCGUUUCGAAGGUGUGGGGUAGCAAUAUAUAAUUGUUCCAUGCAUAUCAUCGUCGUCCACAUGGCUUAAAGUCUUGACCAAUCUUCAACGCCAUACGCGCCUGGUGCCUUGCAAUUCACAAAUGGGCAAUAUAUUUGUUCCUGGGAAGAGGCGCGCGUGGGUAAAAUAAGUUUGGACUAUGCCUCUCUCGUUCAUGGAGAUUCAACGCCCGUGUCUUCAUAUGGAUGGAAACUUGCUAUGUUGCUUCUAAAGUGGGCUGGGAGAUUUUAGCCAUCAAAAUGCAUUUCUCAAAACUCGCUGUUAUUGCCGGCACAGUGGCGCUGGCCACCGCGGCCCCGCCAAAGAAGGCGAAGCGCGCCGGAAACUUCGAGUUCUUCGGUGUCAAUGAAUCUGGAGCUGAGUUCGGCAACUUGAACCUGCCUGGUGUGUUGGGGACUGACUACACAUGGCCAGUCACAUCAACCGUCGACACCCUCGUCGCUGAUGGGAUGAACAUCUUCCGCAUUGCCCUGAUGAUGGAACGCCUGGUCCCCAACUCAAUGACCGGAGCCCUCGACGCAACCUACCUCGCCGAUCUCAAGAAGAUUGUCAGCUACAUCACUGGCAAGGGCGCAUACGCCAUCAUCGACCCCCACAACUUCGCGCGGUACUACGGAGAAGUCAUCACCGACACUGCCGGAUUCGAGGCAUGGUGGAAGACUGUUGCUGCUGAGUUCAAAUCUGACUCAAAGGUUAUCUUUGACUGCAACAAUGAGCCCCACGACAUGCCAUCCAUGGACCUCGUCGUUCAGCUGAACCAGGGCUGCAUCAACGGUAUCCGUGCCGCCGGUGCCACUUCCCAGACCAUCUUCGUCGAGGGGACCUCCUACAGCGGCGCUUGGACUUGGACCACAUCCGGCAACACCGCUCUCGCCGCCCUGACUGACCCCUCGGACAAGAUCGUCUACGAGAUGCAUCAAUACCUCGAUUCCGACGGAUCCGGAACGAGCGAGGCUUGCGUCUCUGCCACCAUCGGCCAAGAGCGCAUCCAAGCCGCGACCGAGUGGCUGAAGGCGAACGGGAAGAAGGGAAUCAUCGGUGAAUUCGCCGGUGGUGCCAACGACCAGUGCAAGUCCGCCGUCACCGGUAUGCUUCAGUACAUGGCAAAGAACACCGACGCGUGGGUUGGCGCCUUGUGGUGGGGUGGUGGCCCAUGGUGGGGAGACUACAUGUACAGCAUGGAGCCGCCGAGUGGUAUUGGGUACUCGUACUACAUUGACACGUUGAAGAAUCUCGGAUAGACCGCUGGAUCUGAGGGGUGGCUGAGGCGAUGUUGGGGGUUAUGGGUUGGGAUUAAGGGACUUGAGAGUUUCGUCUCUAGGAUGUUGACUUCUUUUACAUAGUUGCCAUAGGCUGUAUAUAGGAAAUCGGG